ACACACACACACACACACACACACACUUCUCGCGGCUGGACUGCUGUCAGCGCACAGAAGAUGGUGGCGGCUGCGGCCACUGUGUUUGCCCGCCGCGCCUGGAUAGCGCAAACAACACUGCAUGCAGGUAUCGUAGCUGCUGCGGCGCAUAGAUAAUGGUCAGAUAACGGAGAUAAGACAAUCUCAUCUCUCUGUGGACGAUGCAGGGAAUGGAAAGACUGGACGAUGCAGCUGCCUUAAUCCAUCCUGUUUGUCUUGGAUUAAAAGGGAAUCAUUUGGCGGUGUGAAGAUAUUCUCUUGUGUAUCCCGUGCAAUUCAAUUAAACGUGGCUGGAGCAAGGCAGCACUCUGCUUUGACCUGUGGGACUGUUGGUGUGUGUGUGUGGAGGGGGGAGGCGUGGAGCGGAGGUGGAGACCUUUUAAUUAGCCCGACUCUCUCCGGGCUUUCGUCGUCUGCUAUUUAGAGGGGGGGUACUGAGCUGCCGUGGGCAAACUUUACUUAAGAGAAAAGGAAGGACUGGAAGACACUUCAUGUUGUCUUCUCAAGGCUGCAUUUUUCUUUAUCUCAGCUGUCCCGUUGACACAGAAUAGACAGCCGGGAACUGGCAUGGUCAGGAUAUCUGGGUAAUCUGGAUACUGUCUUAGGGCGCCGUGGCGAUGAACUGGCGACAUUUGGUGUGGCUUUGGAUACCAAAGCAAUACCGAUCAACACAGAGCGUAAGACUGGAUGGUGCAUAGGCUUGGAGGAGCGUGUUUACACUCGAGUCACUGACAGUUGCUCUUGCAAUACAACCCUCAUGUCUCAUGCAUUUGUCUCCUGCAGACCUCCGUGCACACGAUCCCCUCUGGGUUUUGGAGACGUGGAGACUCUGGAGUUGAAAGUCAGGAAAGGACGGGCCUCUGUCUACGGAAAUAGUCACGAUUAGGCCCUGCAGCAACAAUCGUGUGGGUAUGAAUGAAAGGUCCGAUGGCAGUUUUUGCGCUCACGCCCCCCGUCAUCUGGAGUUGACCUGCGCCUUAAAAUUAAAUGCUGGCAUUUCCGACCAAGACGGCGAACAGCAGAUUGCGAAUCAUAGCAAACGCUGCAGGAAUAUGUGGUUUGGAUAAAGUUUUGCUCAGACCUGUAAACAAAACGUGGUGGAGGCACCACUCAAUAUUCCCCGUGGAACAGAGUGGAACGGAAAACUGUAAUCGGGUAAGCGGGAAUGGACGUGCACCAGAAAUGAAAGUAUACUGACUGCAGCAGGCUCUUCUAGAAACCACGCAAUAUCACAUUUUAACUGCAUUUGAUAAUCCACACUUACUCAUACUUACGGUGAUCUCAACUUCUCAAGAACCCAUUUAAAACUAUUUUUUUCUUUUUCAACCUUUUUCCUUUACGCACGCGUAAUUUGUAAUUCUCGGACUUUUCCAAAUGUUUUUCCAAUGAGUGAAACAGUGUCUAAGCAGCAGAGUGGACCUGGACUGCAACAGAGCAGGCAGCAAGUGAACCUUGCAGUUUCAAGUGCGUCAAAACAGACGGGAAUGUAGAGGAAUGCAGGGAUUGACGUCAAGAGGGGCAAUAAUGAACUAUUCAAAAUCUUUGGAAGGUCUGCUGGUGUUUCUACAGCCACUACACUGCUAACUUAGUGGAAGUCUAUCUGAAAACGUUUUUGUUUGUGCUCUCCUUUUUCCCUCUUUAAGAGCAAACAAUCAUUGCCCUAUUGUAAUACUGUUUCAGCAUACUUUGCCUUACUCCUUUAUCUUCAUUGUCUUUAAAAUAACUGUCUGUUCUGCAUAGUUUUUGAUUUUGGAUAGAUUGCAAAGUAACAUGGCGUCCCCCCAACAUCAACAACUGCUGCCUCACAACACAGAAGUGAGCUGUGACUCAAGUGGAGAUGGAGGCGUCUCAGUGAAGAUUGGCAGUAGUGUCAAACACAAGUACGGAGGCGGGCCACUGGGUUCAAUCGGGGGAGGCUUCAUUGGGGGAUCCAAGCACUGCAAGUACAGCAUUUCCUCCAGCUGCAGCUCUGGAGAGUCCGGAGUCAGGAGGCCGGUGGUCAAAAGUUUUCGCACACAAAAGAAGAUGCCUCAGCUUUUUGAGAGAUCUGCUGGUCAUUUCUGGGACCCAAAGUUUGAUUCUUCGAUCCUCGAAGAGGCCUGUAGAGAACGGUGUUUCCCUCAGACCCAGCGACGCUUCCGCUAUGUGCUUUUUUACCUGAUUGCUGUGGGCCUCCUUUGGGGAUUGUACUUUGCUGCCAACCCUUCCCGCUGUGACAGGACUGCCUUUCUCCUUCCCACUGCAUCUUUCCUUGUUUUCUGCCUCCUUCUCUUCCUCUUAACUUUUACUAAGCUUUACUCUCGAUGCUACAACCAAGCAUCUCUGCUGCUCAUCCUUGUAACCUUCAUCCUGACCCUUGCCCCCCAGAUCCAGACAUCAAGCUUCAGGGACCCAGAGACUCCCACACCUGCACUCGAUGUGGAAGAGUUCAGUGGCAUGGGACCCACAUACAACCUGUCCUACGACAAGCUUGUGGGAGGUAGCACCUGGUCCCCCUGUCUUUCUCCUGUAGGCACCUUCUCUCUCUGCAUCGAGGUUCUUCUGUUGCUGUACAGCGUUCUCCACGUUCGCCUCUACGCUUCUGUCGUGCUCGGGUUUCUCUACUCUGUCUUUUUUGAGAGUUUGGGCUGGCUGCACCUGACACAGGAAGAAGAUAACUGGACUUUAGCCUCUCAGUCAGACUGGGAUACAUUAAGUUGGCUGGGCCCAGCCAAAGCUCUGCUCCAUCUCUGUGCCCACGCCAUAGGCAUCCACCUAUUCAUCAUGUCUGAGGUGCGCUCACGCAGCACCUUCCUUAAGGUGGGACAAGCUAUCAUGCAUGGCAAAGAUCUGGAGGUGGAGAAAGCCCUGAAGGAGCGAAUGAUCCACUCUGUCAUGCCCAGAAUCGUAGCUGAUGAACUCAUGAAGCAAGGUGAUGAGGAGAUAGGUGAUAAUUCUGUUAAACGAUACUCCACAAGUGGUGCAGCAGCCGUCAUCUCCAGCCCUAAAAACAAUAAACGCAAGAAAACCUCUAUCCCUCGAGGCCAGAUCAUCUUCAGACCCUUCAACAUGAAACGGAUGGAGCCCGUCAGCAUCCUCUUUGCAGACAUCGUAGGCUUCACAAAAAUGUCUGCCAACAAAUCUGCUCAUGCCCUCGUUGGGCUUCUAAAUGAUUUAUUUGGGCGUUUUGAUCGACUUUGUGAGCUCACUGGCUGUGAGAAGAUCAGCACUCUGGGGGACUGUUACUACUGUGUGGCUGGCUGUCCUGAACCCAGACCAGACCAUGCCUAUUGCUGCGUGGAGAUGGGCCUGGGCAUGAUUCAAGCUAUUGAACAGUUCUGCCAGGAAAAGAGGGAGAUGGUCAACAUGAGGGUGGGUGUCCACACUGGGACUGUACUGUGCGGUAUUCUGGGCAUGAAACGCUUCAAGUUUGAUGUUUGGUCAAAUGAUGUCAACCUGGCCAACCUAAUGGAGCAGCUGGGCGUGGCUGGGAAGGUCCACCUGUCGCAGGCCACUGCCAACUUCCUGGAUGACCGCUACCAGCAUGAAGGCGGACAGGUCAUUGAAAGAAUAGGACAGAGUGUGGUGGCUGACCAGCUCAAAGGCCUGAAGACCUACCUGAUCUCUGGCAGGAAGGUGGAGCCUCACUCUCACUGUAGCUGCUCUCAGUUGGGGUUGGCUGGGGAUGAGCAUGCAGAUAACCGGUGCCCUGCGUCCAGCGUGCACACACCUGAUGGAGCUCCUUCAGCAUGUACCCUGCCUCCUGACAGUGUUACGUCUCCUUGUCUAUCCUGCAGUGUGGUCCUGAUACCAGGGGAGGAUCAGGUUCUGGAGGAAGGAGCGGUGCACAAUGGCUGCCAUGAUGACCACAAUACCAACAGCAGCAAGGAUUCUUCAAAUCUGAAGUGUUCCCCAGCGGUUUCUGCAGGGCGUGGCCCCAAGGCUCUGAACGGCCUACUCAGUCCUCAGCUGGAAGCCUUGAACAACAGCCAGACAUCCCUGUGUGAGAUGCUGCAGGAGAAGGAGAAGAAGACGUGGAGUGGAGGAGCCAUGGGCAUGGACCACUCAGCACUCAUCCCUCUACGCUCCAAGAACUUCAGGGAGAGGAGUGAUGCUCACUUUGUGGAUGUAAUCAAAGAGGACAGCCUGAUGAAGGACUAUUUUUACAAACCUCCCAUAAACAAGCUGAGUCUCACCUUCCUGGAGCAGAGCCUGGAGUCUGCCUACCGGAUAAGCUACCAGGAGGAGGUGGAAACCCAAGCGAUGGUGCAGACUUUUGCCAGUCCAACAUUCAGCUCUUUCCUGGACAUGCUGCUGUGCUGUUUAGUGUUUCUGGCUCUCUCGCUGGCCUGUUUCCUUCGACCGCUUGUUUCCCAGCAGAAUCUGUCCACACCAGCACUCAUACUGACAGGUGUAGCUACACUGUUGGAGGCUGUUGCUCUGCUGAUUGCUAUACGUAUGGCUUUCUACCUGCACAGUGUGCUGAAUUGCACUCGGCUGCUGAUGACAGCAAUUUCAGGCUGGAUAGCACGUCACUUUAUAGGGGCCUUCCUGGUGUCUCUGCCCACUGUGGCUGUCUUCUCCCAUGUCACCUGUGACAUGCAUCUCUCCAUCCAGUUCACCAUGUUCAUCUGCUGUGCUGUCAUCAUAGCUAUCAUUCAGUACUGUAACUUCUGCCAACUCAGCUACUGGAUGCGCUCAGCUCUAGCCACUUUUGUGGGACUAGCGCUGCUUGCCUUGCUGUUCAGCACCCCCUGCAGUGUUGCUAAGAGUCUGUUUUUCUGGGCGGAUGGUCAGAACACUAACAGCAGCAGCAACAGCUCAAUCGUCAUGUCUGAUAGCCCAGCAGACCCAGACCCACAGCUCAACCCACAGGACCUGCUGGGCCCUGAGGCCUGCGUGGCCUUUUUCCUGCUCCUUCUCCUAGUCUGGUUCCUUAACCGUGAAUUUGAGGUCAGUCACCGCCUGCAUUACCAUGGCAACGUAGAGGCUGAUAAACACCGCAUCAAGAUCCAGAAUAUGAGGGACCAGGCUGACUGGCUGCUUCGCAAUAUCAUCCCCAUCCAUGUGGCAGAGCAGCUGAAGGUCACACAGAGCUACUCCAAGAACCACGACAAUGUGGGUGUAAUAUUUGCCAGUAUUGUUAACUUCAGUGAGUUUUAUGAGGAAAGCUACGAGGGAGGCAAGGAGUGCUAUCGUGUUCUCAACGAGCUAAUUGGAGACUUCGAUGAGCUGUUACGGAAGCCUGCCUUCUCAAAUAUUGAGAAGAUCAAGACCAUCGGCGCCACGUACAUGGCAGCAGCAGGACUCAACGCGCAACAGUGUGCAGAUGCGGCACAUCCUCAUGCCCACCUCCGCGCUCUUUUUGAAUUUGCCCUGGAAAUGAUGCACGUGGUGGACGACUUCAACAAGAACAUGCUGGGCUUUGGCUUCAAGCUACGCAUCGGAUUCAAUCAUGGCCCUCUGACAGCAGGGGUGAUUGGCACCACUAAGCUUCUCUACGAUAUCUGGGGUGACACAGUCAACAUCGCCAGCCGCAUGGAUACUACAGGCGUGGAGUGCCGUGUCCAGGUCAGCGAGGAGAGCUACUGUGUGCUCAGUGGCAUGGAUUAUGAGUUUGAUUACCGUGGCACAGUAAAUGUCAAAGGCAAAGGACAGAUGAAGACCUUCCUUUACCCUAAGAGCAGUGACAGUGGCCCUGUGCCUCAGUACCAACUCUCAGUCUCACCAGAGAUCCGGGCACAGGUGGAUGGUAGCAUUGGUCGCUCACCUACUGAUGAAAUUGCCAGCAUGGUGCCCGCAACCAGCAUAAAUGCAAGCAGCACCAAUAUUAUAGUACCCAGUGCCAGUGCUGGUUCCUCUACAGGGCUUAGCCAUGACAAAGAGGCAGACAGCCGUGAAAGACGUCCCUCUUCAGAGACAUCUCAUGCCAGGCAAUCUACGUCUCAUGGUGGCAUGACAUCUAUGCCCGUUACUAACCGAGAAGGACCUCUUCCUUCUGCAAAUAACAAACAGUUCAUCAUCUCAUCCUCGGCCAAGCAAAAUACUCCCCAAAAUUCCACAACAGUGUCCCAGAACGACCUCAAGAAGAACAAAUGUGAGGAUGAUUGUGACAGUAAUGUUGGAGAGUUAACCAGACUUUAAGGAUCUGUUACAAUGCCGCUUUUAUCAUAAAUCCUUUACCCUUUAAGCUCUUGUUCCUGCCAGCUGGUAUUUGUAGAAUUGCUGUACAUUUGGUCCUACCCCAGGUGGAAUAAGAGAGAAACACCCACAGGCCUCUUCUCUGCUUCAGCCAGGCAGCAGGUUGUUUUUGGUGUGAAUCUGAUUGGCUGAUGAUAUCAGUGGAGGGUGCUGGCUGGACUGUAAAGUGAGUGUCAGGCAGGAACUCACAGAGGAAAUGGGAAGAUAUGAUGGCUGUCUCUGAACCUUUUCUUGCCUGCUACAGAUACCAUCAUCUCCCAUUAAUUUACUUGAUUAUCUGUACACCUUUAAUCUCAAUUCUUUCUUUUCAUAUGUCGUUUAAGUGCCUUUAGAAUAGAAUAUUAUAUUAUAUGUGUAGACUAAGCCUUUUUGAGCGAGGAAAAAUAACAUAAAGGGAACUGUAAAUAAGCAAACCUUUUGGAGAAAUUGCUUUGCUUUUGUUACAAUUUUAUUUUGUAAACUAUGUUUUGCUAUGAUAUUUUGCCUUUUAUCAAAGAAGAGCUCAACAAGCUGAUUUACAUCAGCGCUACAACAUGAGAAGAAUUACAAUCUGUGUCAAGUGAAGGGAAAUAAGAUGUUACUCCAAGAUAUGUGUUAUUAAAAUCUGUACUAGAACGCAGUGGAGCCUGUUUCCGUGUUCUUCAUGAAAAGAAGAAAGCUCCUCAUGUAAGUCACAGCAGAGACUAAUCAAUACAGGCUAAGGGCAGAUGAGGCCCAGCUGCUUGUCGUGUGACUGCAUCUGCAUGCAUACAGUGUGCGUGUGUGAGUGUGUGUUUGUACACGUCUGUGUAGUAACAAGAUCAUGCAGGGCUUAAGGAGGAGAGGUGCCGAUGAGUUACUUGACUGACUUGGUGAAACUGCAGGAUGACAAACAGUUUAGGAACGUAGUUAAAAAAAAUAAAAAAAUAAAAAUGGUUGCUGAUGUGGCAGCUUUUUCUCUGGCCUUGGUUAAGAUCUUUGUAUUGCCUCAGUACUGAGGCACGAGGGUCUCAGCUACACUUAAUCAGCAUGCUUGCAAAAACAGCAUCAUAGAUGAGGCUAACUGUUAGUGGUGUUUGUGCUUUCCCCUCAAGAUCCAGAUCCAGGGUUAAGUGAGUAUUUCAGUGCAUCCUACAAGGCACUGCUGUACCUGUAGAGUGUCUUUAGCUGUGACUGUAGAUCGCUUAGAGAGAACAACUGCCUAGGUUUGCUAUGGAUUACACUGUGUAUUAGUUAAUAGUGCUUUUAAGACAUGGAUAAUCAAAAUAGGAAUGUCACAAAUCAAAUGUGUUUUAUUGUAUUUAUUGUUACACAAAACUUGAACUGUUCACGUGAAGGUCCCUAAUUUCUAUUAUUUGAAAGACAUUUCUGGAUGGAAACAGCUGGAUGCUUAAGCUGCUUCAUACUUUUCAAUGGCAUGACACUUAAUGUAAUAGCAGUGUAAAAGCAAAGGCAGUGCUCCAAAUGUAUUGUAUAUUAAUCCCUAGGUGUUUUUACUCUUUCUUUUUGACUUCAUUGAUUUCAUGCUAUUGUGUUAGAUUAUUAAGGAAAUCAAACUGAUUAAACUGUACAUCUCUCUUGCUGUUUUCUCUCUGUCACUGUUUCUUGGCAAAAGGCUUGUGUGCUCAGAGGCAAAAAAAAAGUUUGAGCAGUGUCUUAUUUUUUACAUUUUAAAUAUCCUAAACAACACAUUAACUUCAUAUUUUUUCAAUUACAAUUUUAUGAUCAGUACGUUUAAGUUAUAAAUCAAACAAGACGCACAUUUCAGUAAAACAAAGAACCAAUUUGCCUUCUUUUAUCAUCAAAUAACAGCCACAUUUACCCCAAUAUUUAGAAGCUUUUUUUGUGUGUGAAACCAGGGUAGAUCGUGCCUUUUAACUUAAACCUCGAUUUUUUUUUUCACUGUCUGCUUUAAGUUGCUUUAAUUUCUGGAGACAGAAUGUUUACUUUUGCACAUAAAUCACACUUUUUUUAUGACGUUUUCUAAGGUCAUGAAAUUUGAGCAGUGCCUUUUCUUAAUAUAUACAAUUAAAUGUAAACAUACCAAACCAGUCGACAUCAAUCAGCCUUAUUGCAGUUUUUGAAUUCCUUUUUGUUUGGCCUUCCAUUGUGUGCCGUAUGUAUUGGUCUCAUGGGUUCUUGCAAAUGCAAUAAUAAGAGUUUCACAUAAUUUGUUGGAAAGGGAAAAUUACUUUCUUUAUGCUUAUGAGCACACAACCCUUGUAUAAGCCCAAAAUUUGUGUUUGUUAUACUACAAUAAAGGGACACUUAGAAUAGUUAUUGUUGUUACGCAAGGUUAAGUGCUUAAUAUGAUACUUUAGUGUCAGGUAAAGUGUGUAAGCUACAUUUCUUUUUUUCUCCCCUCUGUAAUUCUGAUAAGCUCUUUUGAAUAAUGUUUUUUUUUAUGAACUCUGAACAUUUUUGUCUGGAUUAGUAUUGUAUUUCGGACUAACAGGAACAAUGAGAUGAGGGUUGUCAACUCACAAUUUUGAUGCAAACUGCAAGCAUGAGCUCAAAUGUCGAUUUGGUUUGAUUUAUCAAGAUGCAAGUGACAUUCUGAAGCUGCAGAAUGACAAAAAAAGAGAGAAAUCUUUGAUGCCAAAGAGUGUCAUUGCCAUCUUACGUUAUAUCUUCUCUCCUCCUUAAUUAGCAGGUUGUGUUGUGCACGUUCAAGAAAGGACAAAUUUGCACAAGGCGCUCACUUUUUAUGUACAUUAUGCCUUUAUAUUGUAUAGUAUCUGAGCAUUUUCUAUUAUUUAUAAAAACGCAUGUACUAGAGUAUUCAAUAGUCUAAAGAACUGGGUAAUUUUAACAAUGUUUGAAUAAUGCUUGUGUGUUCCUUUCGCCUGCAUGUGCAUAAAAAGUGUACGAGUGUUUGUAAAA